AUGACGCAGAGGGGCCCGAGUACUAGAGACGACGGUCCUGCGGCCGCGGGGGCCGCGGGGCGGCCGGGGACCCGGUCACGCCGGGGGACGAGUGACAACGUCCGCAGAGGAAACGAGAGGCCAGAGCGCGACUCCCCCCGGCCGCGAGCACGCCGGAACCGGCCCGACGGCUGCCGGGCGCCCGGAAAGUUCGCGGGAUGCGACAGACAGGCUGCGCGCGUGCGUCGUGAGUGGAGUAGCAUUGGGGGUCGCGUCGCCCACUUCCGGGUGGCUGGGCGAGGGGAGUCUGGGGCUUGCGGUUCGCGCCUUUUCUGGAGAGGGGAGCAGAGCGCGGGCCUGAUCGCCCGUCCCCAGCCUGGCAGCCCCCAAGAGCGCACUUCCCUCCUGCCUCCCACCUGCCUGCAUGUACAGCCUCGGCCCGGGCCGGCGCGCGGCUUGGGACAGGCACCCCUCGGGCCAGCGUCCGGGAGGAAGGCUCCCCCGCGCCCCCAGAGGAGAUGGAGUCGCGCCCCCAGCGGGGAGGCGGCCCCCAGCGCCAGCCGGCUCACUGACAGAGGAUGGCGGCCACCAGCAGCCCCCCCGGCCCCGCCACCCCCGGCCAGGGGCUCGGGGCAGGAACCAAAGCCGGCUCCCCGCAGCGGCCCUGGCCCUGAAGCCUCGCGCCAGCGCUUCCGGCGCUUCUGCUACCAGGAGGCGGCGGGCGCGCACGAGGCUUUCAGCCGGCUCUGGGAGCUGUGCUGCCGCUGGCUGCGGCCCGAGCUGCGCACCAAGGAGCAGAUCCUGGAGCUGCUGGUGCUGGAGCAGUUCCUGACCAUCCUGCCGGAGGAGACCCAGGCCCGGGUGCGGGAGCGGCAGCCCGAGAGCGGCGAGGAGGCCGUGGCCCUGGUCGAGGAUGUACAGAGGGCUGCGGAGCGCCAGGCCCCCCACUCUGUAAAGGACGUGAGUGUGCCCACUGCGACGGCCCUGUGGGGAGCAGCCAGAGAGUCCCCAAGACCCCACCUGAAGCUGGAGCUCCUUCCUGAGGGACCAACAUUGAAGGCGCCACAGAGCUCCCACCGGGCGCCCGGGGCACAGCCUGAAGCCUUCCUGCCUCUGCACGCUCCCAGGAACCGUCCCCAGAAGAGGGGUCUUCGAGACCAGGAGGCAGGGGCUGUGCUCUGGACAGCUGGCGUCCAGGGACCAGCUAUGUAUGACGGUGGUGCCGUGUCGCUCUGUCAGGAAGGGCAGACGCAACGUGGUCCCGCACAGAGCGCGCGUCGCUGGGGCGUAUCACGGAGGAACGACAGAAGCGCCUCCUGGGUUCAGUGUUCUGUUACCUCAGGUUUUGACAUCGAAAAUGGGAUUAAAAAAGAGAAUCCAAACUGGGAUAGUUCAGUAGAAACAAACAAGGCCUUACAGAAGAAGUCUGCUGGAGAGGAAUCCUGGCACUCUAGGCCACCAAGAGGCCGGGAGGGUGUGCCACUGUCAAGAAGACGGCGUCGCUGUUCCUCCGAGAGUGAGGCAGAGCCCCCGUCACAGGAGGGGACAGGUCCCCGACUGUGCAACGGGGAGAAGACCUGCACACAUCUUCUGUGUGGGAGACACUGCUCUCAGCAUCCAGCCUCGCCCCCCAAGCCAGCCUCUGAACUGGAAAAAGCUUCUAAAUGUCAUGAGUGCGGGAAAAGCUUUAGCCGAGGGUCUUACCUCAUAAGGCAUCAGAGAAUCCACACAGGAGAGAAGCCGCACGAGUGCAGUGUGUGUGGCAAAAGCUUCAGCGAGCGUUCCAACCUCACUGCCCACCUAAGAACCCACACAGGCGAGAGACCCUACCGGUGUGGGCAGUGUGGGAAAAGCUUCAACCAGAGCUCCAGCCUCAUUGUCCACCAGAGGACCCACACGGGAGAAAAGCCCUAUCAAUGCACUGUCUGUGGAAAGCGAUUCAACAACAGCUCCCAGUUUAGUGCUCAUCGGCGCAUCCACACUGGGGAGAGCCCAUACAAGUGUGAGCAGUGUGGGAAAAGCUUCAGCAACAGCUCCCAUUUCAGUGCCCACCAGAAAAUCCACACUGGGGAAAAGCCUUACAAAUGCUCUCAGUGUGAAAAAAGCUUCACUAAGAACUCUGCCCUCACCCGUCAUCAGGGGGCACACACACCGGCGGCACUCCCACCACGGGAGGGGGAUGAGUGAAAGCACGCAGGGAACUUGGCAGAUAGCUGCGACGUCAACACGUGUUCCUUACUAUUUCUGCUUGUGUUAAGAUGCACUCGCUGAUUCCAGCUUAGCAGUAGCCUGCUGACAGCGGGACCUUAACCAUGUCUAAGAACAGCAAUCAGCAUAAAAAUGCUGAACGCUUUCUAGCUUCCUGUGACUCCUGAGUCCUGUCUCACUGUGAACUUUAGUUUUGCUUUGCAGGGGAGGCAGCUAUGUGAUCCAAAACCCUACCAGGACACUAGAAAGAAACCAGAGGCCUGAGAACUGUUGUGUCAGGUCAGAUCAUGGUUAACAGUGAUCUUCACAGAGCGUGAGAGAAAAUCUGUCAUGGGUUGUACACCCAGAAUUUAUCAACCUGGAUUUACUCUAAACCAGCAAAGACUCCAGGCAACUAACUUUAGGAACUGCAACCUCCAGAGCAGAUCACUCUUCUAACCCAGGCACACUGAAAAGGAAACCAAGGAAGGAAGUCUUGAUUAAGCCAUUGGG